AUGCACUAUACCUCGGUAGGCGGAAGGCAAAGGAGGCGGCAUGCCCAUCCUGUUCUCACCAUAAGGCCGCAGCAGGUGUCAGUGUCCAGGAAGGUAUUCAUUCAGCGAGACUACAGCAGUGGCACACACUGCCAGUUCCAGACCAAGUUGCCUGUGGAGCUGGAGAACCUGAUUGAUAGGCAGCAGUUUGAAGAAACAGUUGGAACUCUAAAUAACCUUUAUGCAGAAGCAGAGAAGCUUGGGAGUCAAUCAUAUCUUGAAGGCUGUUUGGCUUGCUUAACAGCCUACACCAUCUUCUUAUGCAUGGAAACUCAUUAUGAGAAGGUUGUGAAGAAAGUGUCCAAAUACAUUCAAGAGCAGAAUGAGAAGAUAUAUGCUCCCCAAGGCCUCCUCCUGACAGAUCACAUUGAGAGAGGACUUCGAGUUAUUGAAAUCACCAUUUAUGAAGACAGAGGCAUGAGCAGUGGGAGAUAAACCAUCGAAUUAAAGAUCUCUCCUCCAGCUGGGACCCUCAUCUAUUCACUGGCCGAUCACAGAGUGUCCCCUACCUCCUCCCCAGAGCAUCAUUCCUUUGUAUCUGCUGCCAGAGCCACGGUGCCAUUUACUCCAAGGACUAACUUUCUAAAAUUCCACACCUGGAGUGACCUCUGGUCACUCAGCAUCCACUUUGUGUCUCCAAAUUGUGUAGGACUCUGUAAUCUCUUGAUUAGUUUCUGAGAAAACACAAUGAAGCAUUUCACUUUUUUUAUUCAAAGCCGUUAAUAAAAUAAGCCAUUAGUCAGCUCAAAACAAAAUUCAUUUCUUACCUGCCACCAGGACAGUGGUUCUCUCAUUCCUGGGGCCAGCUUCCCAGGUGGCUUGAGACUUCAGUGAGUCCCAUCUUAGCCAGUGUUCAGUGUUAUUUCCCCCAAAUUCAGAAAAUGCUUUUCUCCGGGAUUUUG